AUGCAGCUGUCUCGCGGCUGCCUGCUGUUCCUGGUCCAGGGGAGCAUCUCCCUGCUGGUGAUCUCUGGACAAGAACAAGGGGAGGAUGCAGAGCAAGGUGAAAAUGAAGUUCAAGACAGAUCCCAACUGCAAAAGAAGAGGGAGCACCUCUCCCCGAAGUCCCUACUAACUCAAACCCCACUGCAGAAUUUGACUCACCUAGAGUUGGUCUCUAGUUCACAAGAGUUCUGGGAAGUCCUGGACAACCUGUCUGAGCUGGACCAGGGCUCACGCUCUAGAGGACGCAGGGACCGUGUGGCAAACACAGGCAAGUUCAAGAAAAUUUUUGGCUGGGGUGAUUUUUAUUCCAACAUCAAGACAGUAAAGCUGAACCUUUUGAUCACUGGGAAGGUCGUCGAUCAUGGUAACGGUACCGUUAAUGUCUUCUUCCGGCACAACUCCACUGGGCAGGGCACUAUCUCCGUCAGCCUCGUCCCUCCCACCAAGACAGUGGAGUUUGACCUGGAGCAGCAGAUCUUUAUUGAGGCCAAAGCAUCCAAGGUCUUCAACUGCCGGGUAGAUUAUGAGAAAGUGGAUCGUGCCAAGAAAACCACACUCUGUACUUACGACCCCUCCAAAACCUGCUACUAUGAGCACACCCAGAGUCAUGUCUCCUGGGUCUGUGCCAAACCCUUCAAAGUCAUUUGCAUCUACAUUACCUUCUACAGCAUAGAUUACAGGCUAGUGCAGAAGGUGUGUCCUGACUAUAACUACCACAGUGAUGUACCUUAUUACCCCUCUGGAUGA